AUGCCGUCUCGAGGAAUGUCCGCCGAGGACAAACGUAUCACCGUGCUCGCGAUGCUUCACGAGUCUCGCGAGCCGUGGUUGCUUAAAGACGUAGAAAAGGCGGCGUCCAAGCGCGGCGUCGUGAUACAAGCGGUGAAAGACGUCGUGCAAUCGCUCGUGGACGACGACUUGGUGCACGUGGAUAAAAUUGGGACGAUGAAUUGGUACUGGGCGUUUCCGGGCGAGGCGACGAACAAGGCGCGCGCUGCCCUGGAAGCAGCCGAAUCGACAAAGGCGCAAAUGGACGCCGAAAUCGCGGCGUUGGCGAAGGGAGUGGCGGAGGAAAAGAAGAAGAAUCCAGUCACUGCGGAACACGAAGAAAUGAGCGCGGGCUUGAGCCAGGCGAGAGAAUUGAACCAGAAGCUGCACGUCGAGCUCGAAACGUUUUCGAGCUCGAACCCAGAAACCGUCGAUGCGAUGCGCCAAGGCGCGAAGAUUUCAAAGCAAGCGGCGAACGUGUGGACUGACAAUGUCUUCAUGAUGAAAUCGUGGGCGGAGAACAAGAUGGGAGAUAAGGAACAAGUGGCGCAGUUCUUUAAGACGGAGGGGAUUAAUUUGAAUACGUUCGACUACAUUGAGUGA